GCAACAAGGCGCAACAUUUUAUUUCAUUAUUUUUGUUUUGCUGCUUAUAAUAGAACUGAGUGCUAAAACAGAAAUCAUGAGAUGGAACGAAGAUGUGACUAUGAAGUUUGUUAAAGCUUACCUUAAGCACCAACACUUAUGGGACACUCGACACCCUCUACACAAACACAAAUUUAGAAGGAACAAAUCGUUGCAAAGUGUUUUAGAUGAAUUCAGAUUUUUAACAGGUAUAAACAUAGAUACAAAAGAAGCUAAACUAAAAAUAAAAAGCCUAAGAUCGACCUACAAGCAAGAGAUCAAUAAAAUAUUGAACAGAUCUAUGCCCGAGGCUCCCUACACCCCAUCAAUAAAAUGGUUUGACGAGUGGCACAGAUGCUUCAAGAAUUUGCCCACUUCCCGACUUCGAAGUUCUGAGAUAGAAUCAACGCAAGAAGAAUGGCUAGAAGAUAGUAACGACGAAGCACAAUAUGAGAUUGAAGGUACAUACUUAUCAGCAGAUGAAAGUCAAUUCAACACCUUUGCAGUCAAAUCAGAGUUUGAGGCAGACACCAUACAGAAUGACACUGACGAUGAUGACAAUAAGGAAGAACAAGAAUAUCAAUUUACUAAUAAAAGAAUGAGAUACAGCAGUCCAGCACUGGUUUACCCGGAAAGUACAGUCAAACAUAGAGGUUCUAGAACAGCGGUGCAGGAUGAUGAGUUUGAGAUCUACGGCAAAUAUAUUGCUAGCCAACUACGGAAGAUGGAUGUACAAAAGGCACUGCGGCUUCAACUUGAGAUACAAAGCCUAGUGAGUGAAGCCAGAAUAGCUGAUAUGACGGAAAAUUAAUGUGGAAAUGGUAUGGAUGGUUCCAGAGAUGAACAGGUUAAAAGUGGGAACUUAGAUUUACAAUCAUCAGCCAAAACCUUUCGUGAAUGAAUUUUAGGAAUAAUGUAUUUUUGGGAGAUUCUUGUGAACGACUUUAAGUAAUUAUGUAUUUUAUACUUCCGAUUUGGUAAGCUUUUCCAAAAUGGUAUGUUUAAUUUAUCUAUAGUGGAUAACACUGUAUAUUGUCUCACAAACUGUGUCAAGCUGCUCAUAUUUUAUUAUUGUUGGGGCUGACUUCCACUGUAGAUACCUACACUUAAUGUUAAAUAAUUAUAUUAAAAUAAAUGAAAAUCCAAAAGCAA